GUCUGGGUUGUUUCUCUCCUGCUGAUUUUCACUGCUAAUUUCCGAAGAAGAGGCAAAGUAGAAACCAUGAAGGAAAGAAAAAGAAUGGAGAUGGAGUUGGAUAGAAUAAGCAACUUACCAAGUGAUGUUACGGAAAAGAUAUUGUUAUGCUUGCCAAUUAGGGAUGCAGUGAGGACGAGUGUCUUAUCAACUAAGUGGAGGUACAAAUCGGCUAUGCUACCACAUCUGGUGUUUGAUCCCCAGUCUAUCUCAACUCAGCACCAAACAUUUGCUAAUGUUGUUGAUCAUUUACUCUUAAGUCACAUUGGCCCCGUAUACAAGUUCAAGCUUGCUCGAGAACAUGUAUCCUUUAGAGAUAUCGAUCGGUGGAUACUUUACGCGUCAAGAAACUCCAUCAAAGAGUUCAUACUUGAAAUCUUGGGACGGCAGCGCUAUAAGGUGCCUUCAUCUAUGUUUUCAUGUCAAGAUUUGACUUAUUUAGAGUUGCAUAGAUGUUUGCUACAACCGCCGUCCACAUUCACAGGCUUCAAAAGUUUGAAAAGCCUAAAAAUUGUUCGUGUUACUCUGACGGAUGAUGUGCUUGAAAAUGUGAUUGUUCGCUGUCCUCUACUUGAGCGGUUGACUGUGGAGUGGUGCUAUGAUUUCAGCCAGCUCAAUAUCAAUGCACCAAAUCUCCAGGUUCUUCGCUUUAUGGGUGAUUUUGAGGAUGUUAAUAUAUUAAAUACCUCAAAUCUCGUUGAUGUUUUCAUUUGGCUACGCAAGUUUGAUCAUAGACGGGGUCCUUGCAGAUCUAGUAAUCUGCUCAAGUUAUUCGCUCAACUUCCCAAUAUUCACCGUCUUUACAUGAACUCCAAAUUUACAAAGUAUUUGGCUGCUGGCUCCUUGUUGGAAAAGCUGCCUAAACCGUGUUUACAUCUGCAAUUUCUUAUUGUAAGAGUAGGGAUUGAUGAUGUUAAGGAUAUUAUAACUGUUAUUUGCCUUCUGAGAAUCUCCCCUGCUCUGGAAGAAUUAGAAGUUUUUGCUUUUUGCCGCCAAACAUAUGAGGCCGAAGUGGGAAAAGUGAACUCUUGGCUUGAUGACAACCAGAGUUGCUCGUUCACUCAGCUGCGACAUGUGAAAAUACACUGCUCUCAGGCUGUUGAAGGUGCACUAGAUUUGAUCAGAUUUCUGCUUUUAAGUUCACCUGCACUCGAGACAAUGACGGUAUAUAAACAUCCUUCCACUCCUCUUGAAGGUUAUGAUCUAGCAACAAAGUUACUCCGGUUUAGGCGUGCAUCACUGAAUUUAGAGAUAAUUCUAAGUGAUCUAGCAGGGUAGUAUUUUGAUUUCAGAAAUAUGACUUUGGUACAACUGUUUAUAAUGAUGUAUAUAUGUCUGUCUUUUGACAACAAUAUGAAUUUAGGGAUAAUUCUACUGUGACGCGUGUUUCAUCAGUGUAGUAUUUUGGCUUUCAAAAAUGUGACUUUGGCACAACUCUUUUAUGAUGAUAUAUGCCUG